CCAUAUGAUUCAGCCUCCUACCACUGACCACUUCCCCUCAACUCUCUCUCUCUCUCUCUCUCUCUCGCUCUCUCUGUCUCUCCUUUUAUCUUCGUUGAAAAAACAGUCAUUCUCUUUCUCCUACCAGACCCAACAAAAAUCCAUAUUUAAAGACAUGGGAUUCAAUGUUCUUGGGUAAUUUAAUAUUAUAUUACAGUUUCUAGAUUUUUGUUUUCUUUUGUUGGGAAGAACAGGGUGGAAAAAUGUCUGCAAUUAGGAAUAUGAUAAUAAGGUCGAGGUCCCACCGGGUGGUGCAGGAAGGGCCGGCGCCGGAGGCGGAGGAGUGGCGUGGAGGGGAUACGUCUUCCUGGGCAAACAUGCCACAGGAGCUCUUAAGAGAGGUUCUAUUGAGAAUAGAAGCAUCGGAAAGCAGUUGGCCACCCAGAAAAAGUGUGGUGGCUUGUGCGGGUGUUUGCAGGACCUGGAGACACAUCACUAAGGAUCUAGUUAAAGUCCCUGAACUUUCCGGCAGGCUUACUUUCCCCAUCUCCGUCAAGCAGCCUGGUCCAAGGGAUUUUCUCCUCCAGUGCUUUAUAAAGCGGUGCCGGUCCACUCAAACGUACUAUCUCUACCUCAGUUUAACAAAUGCACUAGCUGAUGAUGGAAAGUUCCUUCUUGCUGCUCGCAAGUGUAGACGCCCCACCUUCACGGAUUAUAUCAUCUCUCUAGAUGCUGACAAUAUGUCAAAGGGAAGUAGUACUUAUGUUGGGAAGCUAAGAUCAAAUUUUUGGGGAACCAAGUUCACAGUUUUUGAUGGGCAGCUCCCUCAUGCUGGGGCAAAGAUGACAAAAAGUCGCUCCACUAGGCUAGUAAAUUUGAAACAAGUUUCACCUAGGGUCCCUGCUGGCAACUAUCCUGUGGCACACCUCUCAUAUGAAUUGAAUGUGUUGGGUUCCAGGGGUCCUAGGAGAAUGCAGUGUGUUAUGGAUGGUAUCCCGGCCACUUCUAUUCAACCUGGUGGAGUGGCCCCCACACAGACUGAGUUUUCUCAUCACAGUGUAGAUUUCUUUCCAUCACUCCCAUUCUUCCUUUCAAAACCAAACUGUGCAGAGAAUUUUCUAUCAGGACCUUUGUCCAGUCAGAAAGAUGGAGCAUUGGUACUGAAAAACAAGGCUCCAAGGUGGCAUGAGCAGCUUCAGUGUUGGUGUUUAAACUUCCAUGGACGAGUGACAGUUGCUUCAGUUAAAAACUUUCAGCUGGUUGCUUCCCCAGAAAAUGGACCUGCUGGUCCAGAACAUGAGAAGAUCAUCCUUCAAUUUGGGAAAGUGGGAAAGGAUUUGUUUACCAUGGAUUACCGGUACCCAGUCUCCGCAUUCCAAGCAUUUGCAAUUUGCCUCAGCAGCUUUGACACCAAGAUUGCUUGUGAAUGAUGAUCAAACAGGUGCAAAGUUCCAAGGUUCAGCCAGGGUCCCUGUGGUGAUGCAACAGAGAGACUGCAGCUUGUCCUGUGGGAUUAGAUUGCAUAUGGAGCAUUUUUGCAAAUUAAAUGGAAAGACUGCAGCUUGUUCGAGAUUUUGAUUAUGUGGAUUUUGAAAUCUAGUCAGUUGAAUUGUAGACCGUAGACUUUCAGCUUAUAAUAUUGGAACUUUGUCAUUCACGGUAUAUAUUUUGCUGUGUAUAUAAUAAUAAUAAUAUUGUGCAAGUAUGUGCAUUUUUUA